UAUGAUAUAACAAUAUAGAGGAAAUAGUUAACCAUCUAGAUUAAAUCAAGUUUAAACAUACGUAAGAAUGUAAAUUAAGUUAUAGUCACGUUAGAACAAUCAGUAGAUGAUACCAUUCAAUAUGUUUUAGGAAUUCGAUUUAAUGUCUAAUAAGAUGAUGCAAUAAAUGGAUAAUUAAUUAGCUAAUUUAGGCUUUGGAUCAAUUUUUAGAGGCUUUGGAGAUUUAGAAAAUGAGAUGAUGGAAUUCUCGAAUAUCCAUAGACACAUGAAAAAUUUAAAUUAAAUGGAUGUUAAUAAUCAUGCAAAAAAUGGUGUAUUCUAGGUAUAUUCAUCCAGCUAUGUCUAAUCAUCAAAAUUAGGUCCUGAUGGAAAAAUCAUUUAAGAGAAAUAUUUCGAUAAUAAUGCUGUUGCAAGAGGAGCAAAUGGGCAUACAGUAUUAUAUCAGGUUUAUAUAUUUAUAGAUAAGUGAAAGACAACAAGGAUAUAAAAAUAGUGAUGGGAUUGAUAGAUUUGCACAUGAAAGAAUGAUGAAUGAUAAAGGAAGAAAGCAUAUCAGAGAAAGAGAUAAAACUGGGUAAAUCACUACUACUAACAAUUAUAUGAAUAUUGAAGAAGAUCAAGUUGAUCAAUUUGAAAAUGAAUGGAUGGGAGUGGGAAAGAACUUCGGUAUUAAUUAGUUAACUGGAGGACUUAAAGCAUUGUAGGAAUAAUAAAAAUCAACAGAUUUUAACAAUCGUCCAUUUCUAAAAGGUAAUUAAAAAAAUAUAAUCUAGAUGAAAUUUCAUCAAAUAAGUUAGGUAAAAACUCAUAUAGUUAAAAUAACAAUCCAAUCAAAUAGGUAUUGCAAUAAUCUAACUAAUAAUUGGGAAUCAAAAGUAAAGUCCCAUAAUCUAAUCAACCAAUGAAGGCACUUCCUCAUUAAAAAUAAGAAUUUACAGGAGUUUACUAAAAAAAGGGUAUUAAAAAUUAAUAUCCUUAAGCUGGAUGA